AUGUCAAAUUUAAUCGCGCUGCAGACCCAGCUGGCCUCCGUCAUGGAGACCCUUGUUCACGCCGCGGUGGCCGAACUGGGUAAACUAAUAGAAGACGGCUCUGUCUUCAUGUUCAGCCUGGAACUGUCCCAGGGGCAUUGCGAGGAGGACAAAUUAUCGGCAAAACUACAGACGGAGACGGAGGAACAUUCUUAUGGCGGAAGUGGUAAAACUGUGGAGCAAACUGUUUCAAUGCAGUCUGCAGAUGUGGAGGAAGUGGACACACCAGAAUCUCCCCUCGUCUUGGCUGUCUCUGUCAAAGACGAGUAUGGGCAAAUAGACCUGGGGGCCAUUGCAGAGAGAGCUGCCGAUGAUGCUUUUGCAGCCAACUCUUCCUCUGAGAACCAAUAUUGUAUGAUUAGUAAUGACCCCCCGGUGAACCCCACAGACAUCCUAUUGGAGUCUUUGUUCGCCCAAAAUAAGCUCUUCAUUUGCACAGAGUGUGGGAAAAGUUUCUCCACCCAGAGUAACCUCAAAUCCCACCAGCGACUUCACACGGGCGAGAAACCGUUUGUGUGCAUGUUCUGCAACAAAGCCUUUGCACACAAACAGAGUUGUAAUGAUCACAUCUGCACCCACACUGGUGAGAAGCCCUUCAUAUGUGGCGUCUGUGGGAAAUGCUUCGGCAAGCAGGCGCACCUCAAGACACAUUCGAUAAUACACACUGGAGAAAAGCCUUACAGCUUCAGUGUGUGUGGCAAGAGCUUCAACCUGGCUCAAAAUCUGUCUAGACACCAGCAAAUUCACACAGGAGAGAAAAUCUUCACCUGUUUGCUGUGUGGGAAAGGCUUCACACGAGCUGUAACACUGAAGACCCAUCAACUCAUUCACACUGGACAAAAGCCCUUCCAGUGUAAUCAGUGUGACAAGAGUUUCCGUCACGCUGUCAAUCUGAAGGACCACCAGCGGAUUCAUACAGGUGUCAGGCCAUUUAGCUCUGACUUGUGUGGCAAGACAUUUCAUCAAUCGGUGAAUCUGAAAAUACACAAGCGCAUCCACACUGGAGAGAGGCCAUUCAGCUGCACAGAAUGCGGCAAGACCUUCAGUCAGCAGAGUAGUCUUAUCUCUCACGGACGCACCCACUCUAACGAGAAGCCUUUUGAGUGUAGCUUCUGUGAGAAAAGAUUCAACAACGCCAACAGUCUGAAGUUGCACCAGAGAAUCCAUACAGGAGAGAAGCCGUACAGCUGUGAAAUCUGUGGGAAGACCUUCAGUCAGGGCAGUCAUCUCCGAACUCACAAGAGGCAUGUCCACGCAGGAGGGAAACAGUCAAUCUGUGAUAAAUGUGGGAAGAGGUAUUCAGACAAACGGAAUCUUAAGAUGCACAAAUGUGUUUAUGCCUCAAUCUAA